AUUUAGUGAGACCAGAAGAGAGCAGGAGGAGGAAACUGAAGGCUGAGGCAGGACUGACUUCAGAUCAGAAGAUGAGUGAUUUGGAGGAAGAGGAGGAUGGAGCAGAGUCUGUAGUAUCUGGCUGUCAGUCUAUGAAGAGUGACCGGUUGAUGUCACACCCUCCAGACUUCAACAAUGAACCUGGACCCUCAGACACAAAACUGACUUCAGAUCAGAAGAUGAGUGAUUUGGAGGAAGAGGAGGACGGAGCAGAGUCUGUAGUAUCUGGCUGUCAGUCUAUGAAGAGUGACCGGUCCAGAGAUUAUCCUCAUAACUUCAGUAAAGAACCUGGACCCUCAGACACAAAAAAGAGGGAGAGGAGUGAUGUUUGUGAGGAGGAUCAGCCGUCCUGCUGUGCUUUGUGUCAGGACGUCCUGAAGGAUCCAGUCUCUACCAGCUGUGGACACUGGUUCUGCAGACAGUGCAUCACCUCAUACUGGGACCAGUCUGCUUCAUCAGGAGACUCCUGCUGUCCCCAGUGUGGAGAAAGAUCCAGAACAAUGUACGUUGUUAAAUAUAAACAGAAGAUCAGUGUGAAGGGGACAUAUGAACGUGUGACUGAAGGAGCUGAUCAAACAGGAAGUGGAUCCCUCCUCAACAGGAUCUUCACUGCGCUCUACAUCACAGAUGAACUGAGUGAAGAAGUUAAUACCCAACAUGAGGUGAGGCAGCUCGAGACAGCUUCCAAGAUGAAGACCCUCCAUGACUCUCCAAUCAAGUGCAGCAACAUCUUUAAAGCCUUACCUGACCAACAGAAACAAAUCAGAGUCGUUAUGAUGAUCAGCGUCGCUGGCGUUGGAAAAACCUUCUCAGUGCAGAAGUUCUGUCUGGACUGGGCCGAGGGUUUGGAAAACCAAGAUGUGGAUCUGGUGAUUCCUCUUUCCUUCAGGGAGCUGAACUUGAUCAGAGAUGAGCAGUACAGUCUUCUGGAGCUGCUCCGUGUUUUCCAUCCAACAUUACAGGAGGUCACAGCAGAACAGCUCGCUGGCUCUAAAGUUCUCUUCAUCUUUGACGGCCUGGAUGAAAGCAGACUUUACCUGGAUUUCAACAAGAGGAAGGUUGUUUCUGAUGUCACACAGAAGUCAUCAGUCAACGUGCUGUUGACAAACCUCAUCCAGGGGAAGCUGCUUCCCCUGGCUCUCAUCUGGAUAACUUCCCGACCUGCAGCAGCCAAUCAGAUCCCUCCUGCGUGUGUUGACAGGGUAACAGAAGUACGAGGCUUCACUGAUGACCAGAAGGAGGAGUACUUCAGGAAGAGAGUCAGUGAUGAAGAGCUGUCCAGCAGAAUCAUCUCCCACAUGGAAACAUCCAGGAGCCUCCACAUCAUGUGUCUAAUCCCAGUCUUCUGCUGGAUCACUGCCACAGUUCUGGACCACAUGUUGACUACAGACCAGAGAGGAGAGCUGCCCAAGACCCUGACUGACAUGUACUCACACUUCCUGCUGGUUCAGACAAAGAGGAAGAAGCAGAAGUAUGCUGAGGGACAUGAGACGAGUCCACAGGAGCUGACCGAGGCUGACAGGGAAGUUCUUCUGAAGCUGGGGAGGCUGGCGUUUGAACAGCUGCAGAAAGGAAACAUCAUGUUCUACCAAGAAGACCUGGAGCGCUGUGGUCUGGAUGUCACAGAGGCCUCGAUGUACUCAGGAGUUUGUUCAGAGAUCUUCAAAAGAGAGAGUGUGAUCUUCCAGAAAACAGUCUACUGCUUCGUUCAUCUGAGCGUUCAGGAGUUUCUGGCUGCAGUCUACAUGUUCCACUGUUACACCAACAGGAACUCAGAGGUACUGAAGGACUUCCUAGGAGAAGACUUCCUGGGACCAGACAUCAAGCACAGGGACUCAAACCCAAAGACUUUUCUCAAGAAGAUUUCUAAGUAUUUUGUAAAGAAAGAUGACAUUUUACCCAUCCAAGAUUACCCAUCCCUGGAUGUCUUCCUGAAAAGAGCCAUGAAGAAAUCCCUGAGGAGUAAAAAUGGCCACCUGGACCUGUUUGUCCGCUUCCUUCAUGGCCUCUCUCUGGAGUCCAACCAGAGACUCUUAGGAGGCCUGCUGGGUCAGACAGACAACAGUCCAGAAAUCAUCCAGAGUGCUAUCAACAACCUGAAGAAGAUGAAGAAGACCAAUAUCUCUACUGACAGAAGCAUCAACAUCUUCCACUGUCUGACGGAGAUGAACGACCACUCAGUCCAUCAGGAGAUCCAAGAGUUCCUGAAGUCAGAUAACAAAUCAAAGAAGAGACUCUCUGUGAUCCACUGCUCAGCUCUGGCCUACAUGCAGCAGAUGUCAGAGGAGGUUCUGGAUAAGUUGUACCUGAAGAAUUACAACACAUCACGGGAGGGACGACUGAGACUGAUUCCAGUUGUGAGGAACUGCAGAAAGGCUCUGGAAGUCCAGAUAUUGGGUUCAUGUGGUUUGUCAGAGAUCAGCUGUGCUUCUCUGGCCUCAGCUCUGACGUCAAACCCCUCCCAUCUGAGGGAGCUGGAUAUGUGGGGCAACCGCAACCUGAAUGAUUCAGGAGUGAAGCUGCUGUGUGCUGGAUUGGGGAGUCCAAACUGUAAACUGGAGACUCUGAGAUUGGAGAGCUGUGGUUUGUCAGAUAUCAGCUGUGCUUCUCUGGCCUCAGCUCUGAAGUACAACCCCUCCCAUCUGAGAGCCCUGGACCUUGGUGACAACGAGAAGCUGAAGGAUUCAGGAGUGAAGCUGCUGUGUGGUUUUCUGGAAAGUCCAAACUGCAGACUAGAAACUCUGAUAUUGUAUAACUGUGGUUUGUCAGAGAUCAGCUGUGCUCCUCUGGCCUCAGCUCUGAACUCCAACCCCUCCCAUUUGAGAGAGCUGGACCUGAGGGGUAACAACCUGAAGGAGUCAGACGUGAAGCAGCUGUGUGAUCUGAAGGAGAGUCCAGACUGGAGACUGGAGACUCUGCAAUGGAGGUGUCCUGAUGAUCCCGAGAGGUUGAAGCAAAAAGGAAGAGUUUGAGAAGGAGCAGGCGGAAGCAAACAGCUUAUUAUUUUCUGUCUAGGGAUGUAAUGAUUACCAGUGUAACGGCAAACCACGAUAAAACUGUUGGCCAUAACAAUUACUGUUUUCAUUUAAACAUUAUUUUUUGGGCUUUUCCGCCUUGAUUGAUAUUGAUAGGACAGCUUAGAAUAGAAAGGGGGGAAGACAUGCAGGAAAUCAUCUCAGGUCGGACUCAAACCCUUGACCUCUGCGUCGAUACAUAAACCAGUAUAUGUGCGCCUGCUCUACCCACUGAACCAACCCGGCCACCUGUUUUCAUUUAAAAUAUCAUUAUUAUCACGGUGGAUUACCACAGUGUGGAAGCCGUGUGUUUAAUCCUUCCCAGCCUCAUCCCAAUCUCCUGAAGUUGCCGCGUAGCCGACAACGUGCGUGUCUUGAAGUUGGAAUCAUGGCGGAAGGAGGAGAUGACAGCACUCAGGACAUUUAUCAGCCUAUUGUCUAUAUUUUUUUAAUAUAAUAAACACUGUUACACUUUGUGAAACUAUUUCAGCUUGUGUAGGCCUAUCAGUGCUUUCUGAACACAUUGAACACACUCUUAAAAAUACCGCGAUAAUACCGAAAGCCGUGAUCACUUUGGUCACUAUAACCGUGAGGUUAUAUUUUCAUACCGUUACAUCCCUAGUCCUGCCCUUACUUCACAAUAUGAAAUUAUAAAAAAAUAUAUAUGCAAAUACAGCAUACAAUCUUUCAUGUCUUACAAUAACUUAUACAACAAUAGACAACAAAACCUUUACAUUACAAUUCCAUUCCUAUGUUUCAGUCUGUUCCUUUCUGUAUUGGUCAAAUUUUGAUUUCUUUAAUUUAUUUUUGAACUGAAUGAUAUUAUGUGUGAUGUCAUUGUGGAACGCCACAGGAAAUACAAAUACGCACUGACCAGUGAUUACCCAUUUGAACAAACUGACUCCUGUUUUUAAUAUAGUUUUUUAUCCAGUUAUAGUUAUAGCCACACCUCUGAUGCCAUACCUUUCCGGGGUUUUUUUUUAAUAGGAUUUCAUGCUCAACAGUAUCAAAAGCUUUUUUUAGAUGAGUGAAAAUCCCCACUGCAUAGUUUUUGUUUUCAAUACAAUUUGUUAAUCUUUCUACUAACUCAAUUAGUGCCAUAGACGUUGAUCUACUGGAUCUGAAUCCAUACUGACUGUCCAUUUGUAAAUUGUUUUUAUCAAUGAAAUGAUCUAGCCUUGUGACAAAUAGUAUUUUUGUGAGCUGAGAAAGUAAAGAUAUCGGUCUAUAGUUAUUGAAAAUAUGUGAGUCCCCAGAUUUAUACAAUGGGAUGACUUUAGCUACUUUCAUCUUGUCAGGAAAUACUCCUGUUUUAUAUGAUAGAUUGUAUAUACUGUGUGUGUGUGUGUGUGUGUGUGUUGUGUGUGUGUGUGUGUGUGUGUGUUAGUGGGUCUACAAUCCCGUCUAUUACUUUAUUUUUACUAGAGACCUGUCAAUGUAAUCACAAUCUAUUGAAGUUUUAUUCAUCAUUUAUUCAUUUUACGUACAAUCUCUAUCAUUUUUGUUUUCUACAGUUCCCAAAAAAGUAUGUUUUUUUGUUUUUUUCCACCUGGUCCAUCACAGAGUAUUUCAUCCCUGUGUACUUUAUAUCUUUGGCCAGUUUAGGGCCCACAUUGACAAAGAAAUUGUUGAAUCUGUCAACCACCUCAUUCAUAUUUGUCAUUUUCAUUGAAGUUUUCUGAAUAAUUUAUUAAGUCCAUUUGUAAUAAUGGUGUUUAUCGUAUUCCAUAUUCCUUUCACAUUAUAUCUGUUAUUCUGUAGUUAUGCAUUAUAAUAAACCUCCUUACAUACCCUCA